AUGGGGCACCAUGGGUGGAAUGGUAGGCAUGGAAGAUAUAGAAACUAUGAGGAGGAGAUGGAGCCGCGGUAUGAUGAUCCCACCAAGUCUAUCAAGCACACAUUUCCCGAGUUCCACGGCAAGUUUGAUCCCGAGGCCUACUUGGAAUGGGAGUCACAAAUGAGCAAAAUUUUCUCACUCCAUAACUUUUCGGAAGGUGAUAAGGUGAAGGUGGCAAUAGCCGAGUUUCGUGGCAAUGCGGAUACAUGGUGGAGUGAUACGAUGAGGAGGAGAAGGAUGGUUAGGGGAGGGGAAGUGGGUUCGUGGGCGGAGUUGUGUGAGCUCAUGAGGACUACCUUUGUACCAAAGUCCUAUUUCCUCCGACUUCGAGGGGAGUUUCAAGAUUUGAAGCAAGGGACGAAGAGCGUAAUGGAGUACUACUAUGAACUCCUAUCAUUGAUGAGCAAGGUAGGGGUGGAGGAGCGAGAAGAGGCGACUCAAGAUCGAUUUAUCCAUGGCCUUAACAUCAACUUGAAGCACAAGGUGCAAGUGGAGGCAUUGAGGGGAAUUUCCUUGGAUGAGGUGAUUGGGUUUGCCGACACUUUUGAGAGGCAAAGUAAGGAGUUGGUUUCUAGCCGGGCUAAAUGGGCGUCUAGCCAAACCGGAGGGACGGGGACUAGCAAGUGGAGUGCUCCCGGCAAGAAGGUGGAAAACAUGGCCAAUCCAAACACCCAAGGGAGGCCGAUCGCGAAGGCUUUACCGGGUACUCAACCUAUUAAAGCUAUAGCCCCUAUGGAAGACAAGAAGGUUCAAUGUUUCAAGUGCAAGGGGUAUGGCCAUUAUGCACGCGAGUGCCCAAACCAACGGGUAAUGGUUAUCGGGCAAGAUGGUAGCGUGUAUAGUGAGGAAGAUGAAGAAGAUGGGGAGGGUGUGGGCACUAAAGAAGUGAGCCCGGACACCGACAUAGCAUUUUCUAGUGGCGAAGAAGAAGAUACACCCUUAAGGGCUAUGGUUGUACUCCGAAUGCUCAAUGUACAACCCAACCUUGAGGAGCAUAAGGAGCAAAGGUGCAACAUCUUUCAUAUGAAGUGUAAGGUGAAGUCCAAGACGUGCUUGGUCAUCAUAGAUGGAGGGAGUUGUACAAAUGUGGUGUGUGACCGGUUGGUGGCCAAGUUGGGAUUGAAGGUACUUAAACACCCAAACCCCUACAAAUUGCAAUGGUUAGGGGACUCCGGAGAGUUGAGGGUGAAGGCUCAAUGCAAAGUUCCAUUGAAGAUUGGAGAAGUUGAGGAAGAAAUCCUAUGUGAUAUCAUUCCUAUGACGGCAUGUCCUGUUUUGCUAGGGAGGCCAUGGGAGUUUGAUAGAAGGGUCUACAAAAAUGGCUUCACGAAUGAGUAUUUCUACAUGCUCAACGGGUUGAAGGAAUUUGAAGAUGUAUUCCCGGAGGAACUCCCAAGUGAACUCCCUCCCAUGAGGGGGAUCGAGCAUCAAAUUGACCUUUUGCCGGGAUCAUCACUCCCAAACCGGGCCGCAUACAAGGCGAACCCCAAGGAGACACAAGAGCUACAAAGGCAAGUCGAGGAACUCCUUGCCAAAGGAAAGGAAGGAGUGCGGGUAGAUGAGGAAAAUGUGAAAGCCAUUAGGGAAUGGCCAACACCUAGGAAUGUGAGUGAGGUUAGGUCCUUUCAUGGCCUUGCUAGCUUCUAUAGGAGGUACAAGAAGGGAAAGGACAAUGUGGUUGCCGAUGCUCUCUCUAGGAAGCCUUUUGAGACCUUACAUGAUGGCACUUUACUUGCUGAUGUAGAAGCAGUUGCACGGUGCGAUCUGAUCAGCAGCCAUGGGUUGACUGAUGAAGAGAUAGAAAAAGCAAUUAUGAACUUUUGUCAGAAAUCAGAAUUUAUUGGAGCCGCAUGGGCUCAACUACCAGCCAUACAGAGGAAUUCUUAG